ACAGUUGCCACUCAGUGGGAGGGAGAGCAUGCGUUACAUUCACAACAGAAGGAAAGAUUCAAAUCCAAAACAAAAGCAAACUCUCUCCCGUCAGCAAACAGAAGCGGGAGUGACGACAACCAGUCCGCAGCAUAUAAAUAUAGAUCAUCUACUGUGUAGGAGCUCACCUCAAAAGCUGUCAUGGCUCCCAGCUUGGCCCAAGCAUUCAGGAGAAGGUGGUGGAUGGCAAUUACAGCCAUUAUAGAGAACCUGCUCUUCUCUGCUGUUCUGCUGGGCUGGGGCUCACUGCUCAUCAUGCUGAAGAACGAAGGCUUCUAUUCCCACCUUUGCAUCGAAAACGUAACUGAUGACACAAACGUGACCUCUGUGGAGGGUGGAGACUGGCGGAGCUGUGUGGAGCAGGAAGAGGUGCUGAACCUCGGCUUCACCAUUGGCUCGUUCCUCUUGAGUGCAGCCACUUUGCCCCUGGGGAUCUUGAUGGACAGAUAUGGACCUCGCCCACUGAGGCUCAUUGGCAGUUCAUGUUUUGCAGCCUCGUGUGCAAUGAUAGCUACUGCAGCACAUGACCCCGCAGUGCUGUCAGGCCUCAUCUUCCUCGCUGUCUCCUUCAACGGCUUUGGAGGAAUUUGUCUGACCUUCACAUCACUCACACUGCCUAACAUGUUUGGGAAUGUACGAUCAACCAUCCUCUCCCUGAUGAUCGGCUCCUACGCUUCUUCAGCCGUCACCUUCCCUGGUGUCAAGUUGAUUUAUGACCUUGGCGUGUCGUUCCGCGUCAUCAUGUGGGUUUGGUCUGGUAUGGCCUGCACAGUCUUCAUCAACUGCUUCCUCAACUGGCCGGCUGAAUCCUUCCCUGCUCCUGAAGACAUCAGAUACACCAGCAAAAAGGUGAAACUGAGUGGACUUGUGAUGGAGGACAAGAGGACAGGGGACAGGUACGUCGCCCAGGUGUCUGUCAUGGAAGAGAUGAUAGGACCUAAGCAGACAGAACCUGAGCAGACAGACUCUCAAAGCACACCUCAGGGCUCGGUGCCAUUCUGUCAUUCUGUGUGCUCUCCCAUCUUCCUGUGGAGUAUCAUCACCAUGGCAAUGACCCAGUUGAGGCUGAUCUUCUUCAUGGGUGCCAUGAACAAGAUGCUGGAGUUUAUGGUCACCCACGGCAACCCCAACCCCUCAGAAGAGCUGCAGAAGGAGGUGGAGGAACAAGUUGGAUUCUACUCGUCUAUCUUCGGUACGAUGCAGCUACUGUGUCUACUGACUUGUCCAUUGAUUGGUUACAUCAUGGACUGGAGGCUGAAGGAGUGUGAGGAGGAAAAUGCCAACACACAAACAGAGAAGAGCCAAUCAGAUCCCCCAACGAGAGACCGAAAGACCCAGAAAGUGACCAAUGCGAUGAGAGCUUUUAUAUUUACCAACCUCCUAUUGGUCACCUUUGGAAUCAUUUCCUUGAUUGACAACCUGCCUUUACAGUUGGUGUCGUUUGUUCUGCAUACCAUAGUGAGAGGAUUCAUCCACUCCUGCUGUGGAGGACUCUAUGCUGCUGUGUAUCCAGCCAACCACUUUGGAACACUGACCGGCAUGCAGUCAAUGGUCAGUGCUGCUUUCGCCUUGCUUCAGCAGCCACUGUUCAUAGUGAUGGUGGGACACUUGGGUGGAGAUCCUUACUGGAUCAAUUUGGCCCUUCUCAUCUUUUCACUGGCUGGCUUCCUGUUGCCAGGCUAUCUGUUCUAUCACCGUAGAAACCUGGUCAGGACAAAGGCAGAGUGUGAUAAGUUGGCUGCCAGCCAAUCAAACAAAGAUAGGACUCCUCUAAGCCAAUCAGAUAGUGGGCCUGCUAAAUGUCAAACCAAAGGGCAUGUGGCCAAUGCAAACUCACCAAAUGGGCAUACAGUUUAAGAUGAUUGAGAGGAGCGACGUGAUUGAUUUAUAUUAUAUAUAUAUAUUGUUCAUUAUUUAGUUCAGUUUUCUGGUGAUGGAACUUCUGUCUGUGUUGAAAACUAGGACGUCCAACAAAAAAACAGACGUAUUGAGCAAAAUCUUCUUUUAACUGUCUUUAUAACAAAUGAAAAUUCAAAGAUCAUAUCCAGCAAUAUUGACACAUUUUAGCUUGUUGUUAAGUUUACCUUGGAGCAGGAAGUUACAUCUGUAACCCUAACAUCAGGCGUCUCAUUUAGAAAAUGCCCUUGGGCUGAACACGAGAUGCCAUCUUGAGAUCAUUGAAAAAUGACAUUUUUAAAGAUGGUAAGGACAAAGUGGGCAUAAUAGAUCAAGGAUUUGGAAAAUGUCCAGUCCGCUAACCCUUGAUCCAAGCAUUAAAUGACAAAAGACCAUUUAAAGGCAAGGACCAUAUUAUGUUUCUGCACCUUUUACCUCACAAAGUGACUCUAUUACUGUAGUCAUGCCAGCCAUUAUUUGAAGUGGAACUGCACUUUUUUGAUUAUUGAAUUAGUUUGAACUUGCUUGGGUUAAAGGGGGGGCUCAACUAUUAUCAAAAUGUAUAUCUCCUUUUAUAUGUGCUUUUCUAAACAAGUCUGUAAAUAUUAGGUAACAUGAGCUACUCUCCCGUAAAUCCAAAAGUGCUAAAAAUCAGCUGUGUGUGUCAUUGUGUACAAAGAGUGAAACUGCUCAAUGAACUGGGACAAUGCACUGGGAGGGAUAAUAGAGAUGACACCGCGACCAGCUCCAAACAAGACUCACUUCUCUGGUGUCUGGCUUUCAAACAGAGUAGCUCAUGAUCAUUAAGAUUGAUUGAACUAUCAAAGGCCGUGCAAAUUACAUAUUAGAUUCCUUUAUGUUGGCGCUGUUCUCCUUUAAUGAACAUUACUGAUACAUAAUUCAAUAAAGUAAGCGUACACAUACUGUAUGUUACAGUAAUGAGCACUAUUUGUCAUCUUGACAAAGCAAGAUAAUCAGACAUAUUUUCAUGUCUAUAGAACACCAGCUUUUCAAUUGAUUAAAGUCUCAGAAUAAAAUUCUGCUUGCUCUAAUCAAUCUCCAUGUUCAUACUGGUUAUUUAAGGAUUUCUUCCUAAAACAUUUUCUAUGGAAGUUAGGGAAGACAAAAUGUAGAUACAAAACAGUUUGUAUAGUAAAAAUGGGUAUUCAGCGGUCUAACAUAAAUCAAGAGGUUAUUAGCACAUUUGUUCUCCUAAACUCUUUCUUUAUUUAGCUGGGGGGAGAGUAACAAAAAAGAUUACAAAGAUUUUAACUUGUAACAUGAUCUAAUCUCAUCUUCAAUCACUUAUCCGGGGAUAGGAUCACGGGCAGGGAACCCGAAACUUCCCUUUCCCGGGCCAAGACGUUACCAGGCCAGUUGGAGAUAUGAUCUCUCCACCUUGUCCUGUGCCUUCUCUGGGGCCUCUCCCCGGCUUGCCCUGCCCAGAAUACCUUCCUAAGAAGGUGCACAGCAUCUUACCAGAUGCCAAAACCACCCCAACUGGCUCCUUUCCAAUGCAAGGGGUAGCGGUUGCACUCCAAGUGCCAUCACGGACAACUGGGCUUCUCACCCUAUCCCCGAGGGAUACGCCAGCCGCCCUUCUGAGAAAAACAAUUGUAACUGCUCAUACCCCCAACCUAGUACGGUAAAGCGACUGCAAUACCGUAUCUGCUGCUCCGAUUCUCCAGCCGAACUUACACUCCAUUUUCCACGAACAGGAUUGGUGACAAGGUGCAGCCCUGGGAAUGCCAAACCUCACCGAAAACAAUUCCAACUUACUGCCGAGAACCCAAAUACAGUUCUCGCUUUGGGCGUAGAGGCAUCGGAUGGCCCUGAGAUCCCCCCUCAUCCUGCAGCACGUUCCACAAUUUCUCUUGGGGGACCCUGUCAUACCUCUCCAGGUCCACAAAACACACUUAGACUAGGUGAGCAAACUUCCAGGCCCAUACAUGAUUAAAGAGCUGGUCUGUUGUUCCACGACCAGGACGAAAUCUGCACUGUUCCUCUUCAAUCCGUUGUUCGACUAUGGGCCGAACCAGCAACUUGGAGUAGACUUUACAUGGGAGUUUUGAGUAGUGUGAUACCCCUGUAAUUGACACACCCUCUCUGCAGGCGUGUCAUCCAAGACAGCCCCCCAACACCCAUUGCCUUCAAUAUUUCUGGAUGGAUCUCAUCAAUCCCUGAGCCUUUGCCACUGCUGAGUUUUUUGACUACCUCAGUGACUCCCGCCAGGCAAAUUGAUGAUGAUUCUUCAUUAGCCUCCAGUUCCGUCUCUACUUAAGAGAGCACAAUAGUUUUAUCCAGGAGUUCCUUUAAAGAACUCUGUCAACCAUCCAAUAACCUCCUCAGUUGUAGUCGAUAGGGUCCCAUUCUUACGGUAAACAGCUUGGAUGAUUCCCUGUUUCCCCUCCUGAAGUGCCAGAUGGUUUUCCAGGAGCACCUUGAUGCCGCUCGAAAGCCUUCUCAAUAGCUACUCCAAACUCAUCCCACACUCGCUGCUUUGCCACCUUUACCACCAGAUGUGAAAUCCCGGAAUGCCUCCUUCUUCAGUCGGACGGCUUACUUGACUACCAGUCUUCACUGCGGUGUUCCAGGUUUAGUGCCCCUUCUUGCAUCUUAGACCUUGAGAUCAAAACUGAUCACAGCAGCCUCAGCAAUAGAAGUUUUGAACAUAGACCACUCAGAUUCAAUGCCCCCCAACUCAACAGGAAUGCUAAACCACCGGAGGUGUGAGUUGAAAAUCUUUUGGACAGGGGGCUCCUCCAGACGUUCGCGAUUGGCUUCAAAAGGUCCAUCUUGAGUCCAGACGAUAUGUUUAGAAAAUCAAUCAUUGAACUUUGGCUUAGGGUGCGGUGGUACCAAGAACACUUUUAAACAUCCUUAUGUUUGAGGAUGGUGUUUGUAUGGAGAAUACUUGACUGGCACGAAAGUCCAAAAAUGAACGACUUCUCAGUUUCAGAUCAGGGAGGCCCUUCUUCUCAAUCCAGCCUCUUCAGUUAUUUCCAUCGUUGCUCACGUAUGCAUCAACGUGUGCUGCAGUCCCAUUCAGACUCCAUUCAGGUUCUGAAUACUGCGAACUUCUAAUUGGUGCAUACUCACAGACAACAGUCAGAGUCUUCCCUCCCUUCCUCCUUUUGUGUGCCAGAACAAAAACUACAAUUUGGCACUCAAUCUGGGACUUGUGAGUGUCCCCCCCACCAUUCUGUUGCCUCACACCCUGUGCCACUCCAGAGUAGAAUAGAGUGCAUCCCCGAUCCAGAAGUACGGUUUCAGACUCCACUGCCCUGUGCGUAAAGCUAUGCCCCACCAAAACAAACUGAGCGCUCCACCUCCCGCAGGAGCUCCGUCUCCUUUCCCCCCAGAGAGGUGAUGUUCCAUGACCCCAGAGCCAGACUGUCAGUGCUACACAUAUUGUAGCGCAGGGAGCCAGCCAGGCUCCACGGGAAGCCCGGCCCGGUCAAGUCCUCCAUCGGGUCCUCAGGCUUCCUUUGUGUUGCGUAACCCGUUCCCUCUUCCCCUUUUUCAUAUAGUCUUUUUGAACUAUUCUUAGUUUGGCCCUUCGCCUGAGACCACUGCCGAGGACCCUACCAAUAGCACCAGGUUCCUGACAACACAGGUUCAUCAUUUGGACGGUUUAAUAUAAAAGUGUUCUUCCAAUGAACUUUUUGGUACCUUCGCGUAGCAUAGAAAGAGGACAGUAAACUUACAUUAAAGGUGCAUUAGUAAGAAGUGUCUUCUUGUCCAGUGUGAACAGGAGGAAUGGUUACAGCAAUGCAGGGUUCAAAUUACCACCUCACUAUUUUAUUUAUUUUAGAGUUUUAAGCACACUUGUAAUGUUGCGGACCUCCAAGCUUAAUUAGCUGUGAAUGACAUAACGAUUUAUAAUCCUGAAAAAAUGAGAAAAAUAUGUUUUAAAUUAGAAUAUACAUACAUUUAAUACAUAAAUGGAAAGUUAAUUUAAUAGAUAUUGAAACACGCUUUUGCUCAAAUUAUAUAGAUUCAUUUUUUUAAAUUCUACCAUGUUACUUGGUCUAAUAAUAAUGCUGGCUGCUGUUACAAAUGCUAGCUUAUUAUCCUUUUACGAUCCCAAAGCUCCUUUGCUGACUUGAUAUCUCUUCUACAAGUGACAGUAAUCCUUUAAUUGGCAUUUCUUAAGCCCCACAAAUGUUUUGCUCUGUACUCUGAGAAGCUGUUGAGCAAGCUUUGAAUCCAAGUACCAAGUAACUACCAGUAAUCCUCUUAAGUUUGGUCGUCUUUAAGGACUAAAGCGGGAGUAUGUAUGAGUGCCAGCGGCCCUUUAGGAAACCUCUCUGGUCCACCUGCAUGAUUUUGUCUAAUUUGGUUUCUUUAUUUGUAUUAUACUCCGCUAUGUGCCACCCCAAAGUCCUUUUUAUUGUGAUUUAUUUUGACGUACACAACGCUUUCAUCGUGAAGGUAAAAUUAGCCCAAGUCAGAUGUAUCAUUGUGAAUAUGUAUUUUGUUGCAUACUCUGUCAUACCAUUUGAAGGAAAAAAAACAAGCACAUGAGCAAUUAUGAACUAAUUCAAAUGACUUUUAAAGUUUUAAGUCUUAGUAUGAAGACAGAGAUUGUGAAGGAUUUUCUCACACUAAGCCUCUUUUCCUGUGCAGGCACAGUUAAGGAGUUAAUUUACAAAAGUUAUGUGUGAUACAAAGUAUAACAAUACUGUUGAAAGAAGGACUUGAAUGUUACAAAGCCAGCAUACCGUGAUGAAUGAGGAUUUUGAACUUUUUUGCUUGUGAGUCUGCGUCUAUGACUAGAAAAGUACAGCAUUGAUACCAUAAAGGUAAAACCUAUUUAAUGAUGAGCUUUAAUGAGUGAUUACAUAAUUAUAUAUGACUAAAUAUAUUUUACAUAAAUAUAAAAUGUGUGACGUAUACUUUG